CAUUGCGUCUCAUAGCUGCCUUAGUUCUCGCGGAGGGUUUGUUUCCUUCUUAGGGAACGUCUCGGAUGGUGAGCAGGGACUCUUCCUUGCUACGCUUUCAAUGCGCCCAAGAAACCAAUUAAUUAGCUUAUAUUAAAGGUGUAAAGUAUAUUUCCAGCCACACAACAACAACAAUUACUUGAAAGCAGAGCAAUCGGUAUCGAUAGAUACCAGUGUUAACAAACAGCUGUUUGUGUUUUCAAUGUCCAUAGAUAGCGUUUAAUUUAUAGCUCAUUAUUUUACUAAAAUGGGGUUUUUUUCGUUCCUAAAGAGUCGCCCCAUCUUCUGGCUGAGCGUCACCGGAACUACGGUAGGCGCCGCCUGCGCCAUAAAAGACCUUAUGCAAGGCGGCAAAUUCACAAAAGAAACCGAUGAAACGAACAAAGUAUUCAUUGUGACGGGGUCGAACAGCGGAAUUGGAAAGGAAACGGUCAGGGAACUGGCGAAACGGGGAGCAACCGUUUACAUGGCAUGUCGAGACAUGAAAAAAUGUGAGGAGGCCCGAGAAGAGAUUGUGCUGGAGACCAAAAACAAAUACGUGUACUGCCGUGAGUGUGACUUGGCUUCGCUGGACUCAAUUCGGAAUUUCGUUGCUGCCUUCAAGCGGGAACAGAAAACGCUGAAUAUACUCAUCAACAAUGCUGGUGUCAUGCGCUGUCCCCGUUCACUUACAAAGGAUGGCUUCGAGAUGCAGUUGGGCGUGAAUCAUAUGGGCCACUUUUUACUUACGACACUGCUAUUGGAUCUGUUGAAGAAUUCAACGCCUAGUAGGAUAGUCAACGUCUCGAGCCUAGCACAUACACGUGGCGAAAUCAACACCGGCGACCUGAACAGUGAGAAGUCGUACGACGAAGGCAAAGCCUACAGUCAGAGUAAAUUGGCGAACGUCCUGUUCACACGGGAGUUGGCUAGACGACUGGCAGGCACAGGAGUAACGGCUAAUGCAUUGCACCCCGGGGUUGUGGAUACAGAACUCUUUAGGCACAUGAGCUUCUUCAGUAACUUCUUUGCCGGACUAUUCGUUAAGCCUUUGUUUUGGCCCUUCGUAAAGACCGCCGCGAAUGGGGCACAAACCAGCUUAUAUGCGGCUCUCGAUCCGGACUUGGAGCUGGUGUCUGGUGAAUAUUUCAGCGAUUGCCAGCCCAAAGAAGUAGCGCCAGCUGGCACUGACACACAGACAGCCAAAUGGCUUUGGGCAGUCAGUGAAAAGUGGACAAAUCCACCGCCCAUCGAUGUGAAAAAAUAGGAUUAAACGUUUAUUACCGUGAAAAGACUUUCUGACAGUCAUAAAUGAAUCAUUUUCUACAAUCGAAAGUA